AUGCCCACGCCGGGUGAUGCCACAAUGGUCAAAGCUGCUAGGUCCUAUCAGUGCCAGCGAUGUUCGCGCUCUUUUGCUCGGCUAGAGCAUUUACAACGUCAUGAUCGUUCGCAUACCAAAGAGAAACCUUUUGUGUGUAACGACUGUCCGAAAUCUUUUACGCGCAAGGAUCUGUUGGCUCGUCAUAUCCGUUUAUCCCACUCGCCGUCAGAGGGGCCCGUCAAUCAUCACGAUGUUACAGCAGCUCCUAUCACGCCAACGACGACUACUCCGUUGACAGAGGAGCAAUCCGCAAUAUCGGGCACUCAUGGCCCGUUUCAGCCCAUGACCAACGCUCCUGCCGAGGGUGCAGCAGCAGCACUGAAUGACCCAUUCAAUGCAAUGGGUCCGUCGUCUUUGUACGAUGGGGAUGACUUCACCUCCUUCCUGGAUAGCAUUUCCCUUCCUAGUCAUCCCUUCUCCGUGGCUUAUCAACCCCUCCCUUUCUUCCCGGUUUUCACGACCGGCGAUCAUAACAAUCUGCACUCACCUUUAGAUUAUGUACCGAAUGUGUCGUCUGAAAAAGACAGUGCAGCGGCCAACGAUGCCCCCACGCCGUCUAGAUCGGUGCUUCCCCGACAUGGCACACAUCUACCGUCUCUUCAGCCGGAGGGGUCAUCCCUUCAGCACAACAAGGCUCGUCAGCCGAAGGACUUUGUGCCGGUGACGGCGCAAUAUCGAGAUCGGAUUGUUGCAUCGCUGCGGGAUUACGCGAAUGUACUCCCUCCUAAUCCGUCUAUUCCAUCACGGCAUGCAUUAUCAAGAUGCGUUACUGGUUACUUUAUUGGUUUUCACGACCAUUACCCGUUCAUGCAUAUUCCGACAUUCAGCAUUGAUGCUAUGACACUGCCGCUAUUUCUAUCAAUGGCGGCACUGGGUGCGCGGUACUGUCGUGAACCCGAUACAAGCAAUAGUCUGUACCAGGUAGCCAAGGUCGUAACCUUGGAGCACAUACGACGACAGUUUCAGUCAUCUAAGGUAACCUCCCAGGAUGACCAAAACCUAUUGGAGACAGUUCAGUCGCUGCUGCUUCUUACAUCCGUCUCCAUGUGGUUUGAGCACAAUCCACCGUUCCAAGAAGCACUGUAUAUCCGGAGCUUUAUGGAGACGCUAGCACGACAAGGCGGAUUGAACUAUUUACCUGAUUCGGAUGGCUCGUGGGAGAGUUGGAUUCAGCGAGAACGCGUAAAGCGGACGAAGUUGAUCGUGUUUUGUUUCUUCAAUAUUCAGACCAUCGUCUUCGAUCUCCCUCCAAUGAUUCUAACAGAAGAAAUUCAGUUAGACCUCCCGUGCACUGAAGGCGAAUGGCAAGCGAGCAACGCCGCCCUCUGGCAAGAAGAGUGCCGUCAGCGCAAAAACGAGCCCAAGUUCCAGAACGCCUUGUGGUCUCUAUUCUGCCGCAACCCCGGUGGAAACGAAGAGCGAGGAGCUCUAGAAAGUUUCACCUCACUCGGCGGCUAUGUGCUCAUCCACGCCAUCAUCCAGAAUAUCUGGUCCAUGCAAAAAACAUGCCGCAUGCCCGGAUCGCGGAGCCAGUCGCUUUCUCCCACGGAAAUAGUCGCCUUCGAACAAGCACUUGAACGUUGGUGCCAAUGCUGGGAACGUAACCAGGAAUCCUCGAUCGACCCUAUGAGCCCUCAUGGUCCUUUAUCUUUUACCUCAGCUGCUCUACUGCGAUCUGCAUACAUUCGUUUAAAUGUGGACUUCAGCUCCGCGCGGCAACUGAAGACGUGGAAUCCAAGGCAAAUCGCGCAGUCACUCCGCGAUAAUGUCUGCGUGCAGCGCAGUGAGCGACUCACCCGCGCAGCGCUACACUGCGCACACGCACUAAGCACCCCGAUUAAAUUGGGUAUCAACUUCGUCGCGCACACGCAGGUCGUUCUCUGGUCGAACCAGCACGCCCUGUGCUCAUUAGAGUGCGCCGUACUCCUUGCUAAAUGGCUCGAGGUUGCCACUGCUCCAGGAAUGUACCCUGGUGGAUUGACGGAGCAAGAAGCCAAGCUGCUGGAUUUUGUUAUCGAGAUGGCGCUGGAGACAAAACAUGAGGCGUCACGCGACUGGUUGUUGGAGAAUAACACGAGGCUUAGUGCCACGGUGACCAGGCUAUGGGCGAGGUUGUUUACGGCAGAUUAUAUAUGGGAGAUGGUGAGCCUCGUAGGCCAGUCAUUGAACAGUUACGCGGAUAUACUCGAAAAUGAAAGUAAAUAG